CGUUCCUUUUCCGCUUCCUUCUUGCUCCCUCCCUGCCUCCCCCGAUGCUUGCUCUCCCGUACCCGCCUACCUAUGCUUUGUGGAUUGGUUGGCCUCAGUACGAUGGCACAACGGUGACCUGUCCCGGUGUUCAAUCAGAAGUUGUUAGGAUACAGACCCAGCAAACAUGCAUACUGCCGCUACUGCGCCUGCCGGGUGUGGAUCAGGAUUUGGGUGUUACCCACCGCUGUCCUAUAUUUGCUAGCUCGUGGCUCGUCACUCUUGCCAUAGUUCGAGUCUACUAUACCUUGAGCUCUCUUGCAGUCAGCACGCUGAUUCCGAUCCCAAUUCUUCUACUUCAAAUUCUGAGGAUAGCUUCACGCGCCACCUCGGUCAAUAUCCUGCACUUCCACACUGACAAGCGCUAUCACUGUUCAGCGCUCAGCCUGCCCCUCCUCUCCUGGGUUCACUCAACUGGAUUCGAGCUACAUCAAGUGUUUGUUCCUAUAUCCUAUGCUUGCCGCCAACGCGUCUGCCAUUGGCGGCAAGAUGUUCAUCCUGUCGGUACAGCUGCUGUGCAUGCGUUCCAGAACAAUACACCAGACCCAAGUCCCUUGUAGUCGUAAGUAAACCGUGCCAGUUUCUGAAUACUGAUGUUCCUUCUCCCAACAGUAAUGAUCAUACACUAAUGGUGGGUGUCACAGACAUGAUUCUCAAAGUUCUUGACGUUUUGCAUCGCAGCUGCAAAAUAUUACUUACACUCGUUACUCGCCGUAAUAUAGACAUUGUAUCUAAUUACUUGAUAUACAAUAUCACACAUUCCCCAC